UGGUGGAUGGCUCAUCAAUAGCAAAAGACCGGAGAUUACCACCAUCAGGGAAUCGUUUUUGGAACACGCAGACAAGGGAGAACGGUUCCGCCACAAGUUGGCCCGGUGCGACAGCAGAAAAUAUAUUACAUAACCAGACAGCCGUGCUGUUUGUGUUUGAGCAUGAUUGUGUCGCCGAGUUGAAUCUGUUGCAAGUUCAGCGCACCGGAGUUUUUUUUUUCCAAAGAAAAUCUACAAGGCCAACCACGGAUGAAAAAAUCACUGUUAUAGGAACAUUUCGAUAAAAAAAAAUAUAAGGUGGUGUGAAAGAUAAAAGAUGGCUGGCACUGGAAGCACGGGAUCCACCUUUCCCAAGUGGCAGCUGGCGGUUCUGAUAGGAGCACCGGUUGCUCUCGGGAUCGGAUAUUUGUACUGGAAAAAGUCUACCGAAGCGGAAGGGUCCGGCGACAAACUUACUAAGAAGAAACUGGGUGAAAUUAAGGAUAAAACCAUCUCACUCGACGGAGAUGAACGAUCCCGGUCCUCUCAGGAUGCUUUUGCAAAGAAGAAGACGCUCACGCCACUGGAAGAAGCACAGAAGCAUAAGAAUGAAGGAAAUGUUUAUUUCCGGGAUGGCAAAUACGAUCAAGCUAUUAAAGAGUACGAUUUGGCUAUUGAAAAGUGCCCGAAAACCGAGAUAAACGAUUUAUCCACAUUCUAUCAGAAUAGAGCUGCUGCUUACGAGCAUCUUCAGAAGUGGGCUGCGGUGAUUGAAGAUUGCAGCAAAGCUCUCAGUUGUAAUUCUAAAUACCUGAAAGCUUUGAAGCGAAGGGCCAAGGCGUACGAACAGCAAAAAGAACUAGCCGCGUCCCUAGAGGAUACAACUGCUGCAUGCAUACUGGAAGGAUUCCAGAAUAAACAUACCCUAAUCCUAGCCGAUCGUGUCUUGAAGGAACUGGGACAACAGCACGCUAAGGAAGCGCUUAAAGAAAAGCAUAAUGUCCAGCCGUCUACAUUUUUCGUAAAGAACUAUUUUGCGUCUUUCUCCCACGAUCCCAUUAAGAAACUGGUCAUUGCUAGUACUGAACCUAAGGGCUUUGUCAAGGCUAAACUUCUGCUCGACCAGGGACAAUACGAUGAAAUUAUUGCCGCCUGCACGGUAGAAAUAGAAUCGAGCGAAGCCGACGCUGAAUAUAAGGUAGAAGCUUUGCUACUGAGAGCAACGUUCUAUCUUCUGACGGCAAGCUAUCCAGAAGCUACCGUCGACCUCGAUGCUGUAAUUGGGACGGACUUGGCCGAUAAAAAGCUUCGAGCUAAUGCCCUCAUUAAGCGGGCAUCUCUCGCCAUGCAAACCCAACCCAACACCCCGGAGGAAUGCUUCAAAUAUUUCAGUAUGGCCGAAGAUCUUGAUUCCAACAAUAGUGACAUCUAUCACCACCGUGGUCAGGUCUUCAUCUUGAUUGAUCGUCUAGAGGAAGCUAUCGCUGACUUUGAGAAAGCUUGUUCUCUGUGUCCCAAUUCCGGUAUCAUCGAGAUCCACCGGUGCUACGCCACCUAUCGUUUGGCCCUGAACAAUAAGGACGAAUAUGCCCUCCGUAAAGUGAUGGACGGUUUCCGAAAUGCCAUCGAACGUUUCCCCGAUUGCGUUGAAUGCUACAGCCUAAUGGCACAAGUUCUCUGCGAUCAGCAAGAAUUUCAAGAGGCCGAUAACUUUUUCGAAAAGGCAAUCAAAAUCGAACCGGAAAAUGCUCAAAUUUUCGUACACAAAGCUCUUCUGCAGCUCCAAUGGAAGGCCGACAUCACGGCGGCUGUAGAACUGAUCGAAAAAGCUAUUCGUGUGGACGAUAAGUGCGAAUUUGCCUACGAAACCCUUGGAACCAUCCAGGUACAGCGCGGUCAACUACAAGAAGCGAUAAAACUGUUCGAUAGUGCCAUCAAAUUGGCCAAGACCGAGAUGGAACUGAUUCACCUGUACUCGCUGAAGGAUGCCGCCAUCGCGCAGGUUAAUGUAACGAAAAACAUGGGAUUGGACAUCAGAAACAUCGUCGAAAUGUCACAGCCACAAUUCUAAACAUCACCCCUUUUUACGACGCUUUUACCCUCAUUCACGCCCAAGUUAACUUAGUUACUUGAUUCCGUAUCCGUACACAAAAAUUGUAAGUUUUUUUUUUCUUUAUACAUUUCAGCGUGUAGCAAUAUAUUUGUUUAGUGAAACUACUCCUAGUUUUCUAAUUGUCAGAAACAGAUUAUGCAAUUACCUGUGCUCGGAAAGAAAGUCUAUAAAAAAUAGAAUUAUAAUUAUCAGAAUUUACGAUAAUUUUAAAUCUUAAGUCGUUCGUACAAGCUGUACGCGAUUGUAUCUAAGGAACA